AGUGCAUAUGAAUGUGUUUGACUUUGAGCUAAAGUGAUAUUCUGAUAGUGAUUUGCAUUCUCUCUCAGAAAAUUCUCUCACCUCUCACCUCUCACCUCUUCUUUGAGUUUGAGUUUCAGUUCCCAACUGAAUUUCUAGAGAGCUAAAAAAUCAAUGGAGGGUCUGCCCUCUGGUUAUCGCCCCAACGUCGGCGUCUGUCUCAUCAAUGAUGAUAACAUGGUGUUUGUGGCUUCUAAACUGAAUGUUCCUGGAGCAUGGCAGAUGCCUCAGGGAGGUAUUGAAGAAGGUGAGGACCCAAGGUCUGCAGCAAUCAGAGAAUUGAGGGAAGAAACUGGAAUCUUGUCUGCUGAAAUAAUAGAUGAGGUUCCUGGAUGGUUGACCUACGACUUCCCCCCUGCUGUGAAGGCGAAAGUGAAUCGUCUUUGGCGAGGAGAAUGGCAUGGACAGGCACAAAAAUGGUUUCUCAUGAGACUAACAGCAGAUGAGAGUGAGAUCAACUUAGCUAAUGGUGAAACAGAUAAAGAAUUCUCGGAAUGGAAAUGGGCUACCCCAGAAGAAGUCAUCGAGCAGGCUGUGGACUACAAGAGGCCAACUUAUGAGGAAGUUAUGAAAACCUUCAGGCCUCACUUCAAUUCAGGAAAAGCUACAAAGUGCUACUCUACAAAAUGGUGAAUAAUAACAACGCAGCAUGUGGUCGUCUGCAGGUUUUCUUUCUUUUUGUUUCUUGUCGUUGUCAUGGACUCGCUAUAGUCGCAGCAGUACUUGAACUCAGUUGUAAAUGUAUAUGGGGAUCGAAACUUUCAGAUUAGGUGUUUAUUUCUAAUAAAUGUUUCUUCAAGAAUCUAA